AUGUUUCUCCGACCUUCGUUGCGACUUCCGGGGCCCUCCUUCCUAAGGGGCGCUCCUCGGCUAUCGCUUGGAGUUCGUGCAUUUACACUGGUCUUUCUGAACCCUGGAACAGCCACCCAGAUCGCGCUGAAACCGGUGAAAAGUGACUUUUUUGGAAAUUCUAUAACCGCAACAGAAAUUAAUUUAAAAAGAUGGAAGCUGCUUGCUCCUCUGCAGCAACACAGGGCCUGUCUCCUGGAAGUUCGUCUAUACUCCACUGAUUCCAAGUCCAGCCUGAAGGAAGAGCUUGCACAGGAGGAAAGCACCAAGGUGACGUUGACAGAAGAAGACUCUGUCAAGUCGCACUUGGAAUUGUUGAGAAAAAUCGAAGAAAAGGCGAAGCAGGAUGAGAAGGAUCCUCGUACGCCGUUUCGCAAAAGUGUCAAGACCAUUGGCCGCAUUAUCAAGUUGGGCAGGCCCGAUUUGCGGCUCUUUCUUUAUGCCAUGGGAUUCAUCUGCUGUGCUGUGUUGUUUCCUACGGUGAUUGUGAAGUUCACUGGUGCAGGUAUCGAUGCGUUGAAUGACAGGGACAGGGAGUCUGGCGAGAUCAUGAUCUGGGGCUAUGACAUAUGGACUCUUUCGUACAUGAUGGUGCCUUUUGCUGUGUUCAGCUCCGCUUGUUUCUGGGCUCGUCUCUAUUUGUUGAAGUUGUUGGGUGAAAGAUUGGCCGCCAGAUUCAGGCAGAAAGUCAUGAAGAAGUUGCUCAGACACGAUGCAGCAUUCUACGAUGGCGAGAAGCACAAGGCGGGAGAUUUGAUCUCGCGUCUCUCUAGUGAUGCCUACAUCGUGUCCAGAUCGAUCACCAGUAAUUUGCCUGACGGUCUCAAGAACACCCUUUUUGGUGUGGUGAGCUCUUAUAUGAUGUACUCGAUCUCGCCAACUUUGUUUGGUGUGAUCGCUAUCUUGUCUCCUCUUCUCAUUAGUGGCUCGAUUUAUUUUGGAAGACAGCUUGAGGGCUUGUCUAUCAAAUUGCAAGAUGCGGUUGCUGGCCUCACAAAAGUCACCGAAGAGACCCUCAAUUCCAUCAAAUUGGUGAAAGCUUUUGGCUCGGAGGACAAGCAGCUUCACAAGUAUUCGAAUGAGCUCCGUAAUGUGAUCGGUGUGGCUAAGGCUGAAGCAAUGGCGAACUCGAACUAUCUGUUGAGUAUCUACUCUUUGUUUAGUUCAGCAUACACUGUGAGUCUAUUCUUGGGAUUCCACCUCAUUCUUGGUGACAAAUUGACCACUGGUGAACUUGUCUCUUUCACUAUCUACGCAGACUACUUCAAUAUGGCUCUCUAUGCACUUACCUCUGUCUACGUGGACCUCAUGAAGGGAGUUGGAGCUGCAGCUAAAUUGUUUAAUCUCAUUGAUUAUAAGGAGCAGGUCAAUCCUGUUAAAGGUUUCAAAGCACCUCCUACUCUUGCCAAUGAUGUCGAGUUCAAGGAUGUUGUCUUCAAUUACCCUAGCAGGCCUUCUGACCUUGUGUUCAACAACUGUUCUUUUAAAAUAAAGGGCGGUUCUAGCACUUGUUUUGUUGCCCCAUCUGGUGCAGGAAAGUCUACUGUUGCUAGUCUUCUUCUUCGUUCUUACAACUUGAAUGAGGGCCUGAUCUACAUUGGUGGAAGAAACAUUGAAGAGUUCCAAGUUCGUGAGCUUCGUAGAAAUAUCAUUGGAAUUGUCCAGCAAGAGCCUGUUUUACUUUCUGGAACCAUUUUGGAAAAUAUUGUCUAUGGAUUGACUGAAGAAGAAGUCGCAAAGGUGACUUUAGCAGAUGUGAUUGAUGUAGCUAAGCAAGCCAACUGUCACGACUUCAUCGAUGCGUUCCCAGAUAAGUACAAGACUGUUAUUGGUACCGGUGGCGCUUCGUUGUCCGGUGGUCAAAAACAAAGAGUAGCGAUUGCAAGAGCACUUAUUAAAAAGCCCGCGGUCUUAAUUCUUGACGAGGCAACGUCCGCCCUUGACCUGAAGCUGGAGGCCCUUAUCAAUGACACGUUGAAGAACUUGAACAAGAGCGGUGGUAUGACGAUUAUUUCUAUUGCGCACCGUCUCUCCACUAUUUCCAAGUCGGAGAAUGUCAUUGUGUUGGACAAGAAUGGAAAGGUUGCUGAAGAAGGCAAGUUCAUCACCUUAAUCAACGAUCCAGACUCCGAGCUCUCCAAAUUGCUCGAUGAGCAGACAUACCAGGGCCAAGAAGAACGCCUCAGUGAGGACGAGCUUCAGGAGCAAGAGAGAAGAGACAGAAGGGCCGAGGAUCUCGAGGAAGCCGAGGCCAGAAAGCUCAAAUUGGAAAAAAUCCGCGAGAUUCUCCAGGACAUGCCUCUCGAGGUCCGUGCCGAGAUCUUCCAACAGUUCACGAAAGAGGUGGAAGACGAAAACAUCGAGGCCGCCACCAAGUCCUCCAUUGAACACAAAUGA